CUGGCAACAAAACCUCUCAUUGUUAAGCCAUAUAAUGGGAACGAUUUGACAACAGACACUAGUGACACGAUGGAUCUUCUAAAGUACGUACGCGUUUCAAUUCUAAUUCUGCCAAUGGUCUUAGGCCAAGUGCGAAAACCUCAAAGUUUCAUGGUUGGUGAACAAUACUGCCAGCGACUGACGAAGGAUCCGUAUUUUGAACCUGAAAUGGUGAUCGGUAAACCAUGGAGGAUUUAUUACACGUGGAACAUCAAGAUGGAAGACAAGUGCCUGGACAUGAUAUUCAAGAAUGCGACGGCAUCGAUCAUCAACAGAGUUUGGAAUGAUAUGAAUGAGUACGUGGAGACUCAGCCUUACUGGGACGCUGCAACAUUGCUGGUGACGAUGGGUCGAGCAAAACAUGAAAUGCUCUUGUUUGCAGACCAAGGUGCGGCUGGAAGGUUUACAGGAGUACCAAACGUCGUUAGAGAUGGGAACAUAUCACCAGCAAGGAGUGCAGUACCCCUUCUGAAGUUCCAUAUGAAACUGCUGCAUGCAGGCAAGUACCUGCUGAUGGUGGACUGUCAGAUAGGAGUGAUCACAUUGUCGGCUCGUACUAGGGCGAUGCCCUAUCGUGCGGAGAUCGGGGGCGUCGUCCACAACCUCAGCUUAGGAGAUGGGUACCACGCUUGCAUAUCUGAUAGAAACAAGGAUGAGCAAGCCGCUGAAAAUAAAUAAACGU